GCUCAAGCUAGAAACCUCGAUUUUCUCGCGCUCCACCCGAGCGAGAGCGAACUCGCACCGAGCUAGCAUCCACCAAACGAACGCGAACGCCUCCUAGCCAUCCCCACCACGCACAUGCCAGUGAAGGACUGCACCACCGACAACACCGGGGAGACAAGGGAGUACCCCUCAGACCUCGGUCGACUCGCAGACAUCUCGGUGGACAUGAGACCAUAUGCGAGUGAAAGCAGCGAUUCCGAAGCGGACGUGUUUGCCGCCACAGAUGCCCGCAAACUCCGCAUGUUGGCCGCCGUCGACAAAACGGAGGAACUCAAAGACUACGUACUGACGGCGAUGCGGCAAUUGUCGCGGAUGAGUUCUGGACUUGCGAUGCUUCUCCCCACGUCGUCGCUGCACCAAGCCAGCCAUUCGACCAUGGACGACACAAAUCCUCGCGGGGCUGACCUCAUGGGACGGGUAUGGCACAGCCUCCACAAAGUUAGUGCAGCUGUGAACUCACUUGCGCGGCACUCGACGACCGGUCGCGACCCUUACUUUGAAGCGUUGGAUCUAACCCUCCUACCCCCCGACCCGACGAUGGCGCUCGAAGCAAUUCAUGCAAAGCUUUACGCUCUCAGACAUAAACUCGUCGCGCCUCUCCAAAAAGUCGAUGCCGCCGCGCGACCGCUUCUCAUGUCUGCGUGGGAGCAAGGCCACGCAGCGUCCCACGAACAUGCUGCGACUGCCGUGACAUGCUGGACUACCAAAGCCGCCGAAUUGCAUGUGCGAGUCCAAGCCGCCAUCGCGGAAACCCCUCGCUCGGAUGACAACGGCACAGCGCUCCUUCUGCGAGACGUCAAGGACUUCCUUGGAACAAUGCGCCUCAUUCAUGCCCCAGCCUUGACAGCGGCGUCGGUGCGACAGGCACAAGCUGUGAAUGAGCUCGUGGCGGCGUUGCAAUCGUCUCUGCCAAGCUCCAUCGCCGCCGACGUCCCCCAUCGCCAUACACCGGCAACAUGGGAGAUGGCCAAGGUACCUCAAGCUUCAUCCAAUCCAUCUCGCCGGCCGUCAGGAUCGCAGAACCAGUCACACGGGAAGGACCGACUACAUACGAAGGACCCCACAGGAAGCCCUCGGCAUUAUGCCGACAUGAAGAAGCGGAAGGAAGCGCCGUCGACCGACCUGUUUGAACACCAACAGCAGACCUCCCACGAGAAGAAGGCGCGACGGCCAAGUACGUCGCCAUAUGCGGCGUGGAGCCUUGGCCACAAGGAACGAGACGUCAAAAAACACGAUGCCACGUCCCUUCCCAUGGCGCCGACGAUUUCGUCCACUGCACAGCAACUUGCCGCGUCGGCGCUGCAAGCAUCGCCGUCGUCAUCCCGUCGAGGUCGCCCGGCCUUCCACGAUGCAUCGGCAGCGCUUCCUGGAACGCCGCCGACGGCGGCAUCCGAUGACAAUGUAGCAUCGAUCCCAUCGCCAACAGUGUCACCGUCCCGCGUUGUCGGGUGUGAAAAGUGCCGCAUGAACAACAACCACGACAAGAUGCUGCUGUGUGACAACCACUGCGGCCGAGAGUACCACAUGUACUGCCUCGAGCCGCGGCUAGACGUUGUUCCUGAAGACGACUGGUUCUGUCCAGAGUGCGUCAAGGUCGCAUGCUUGGCCGUCAAAUGCAAUCGCUUUUGUGUGUUCAACCAACGCUACUGCCCGCGCCACCUGUGCAAGGAGAAAGGAUGUUCGUACCGAUGCAAGAAGCAAGGGUACUGUGGCAAGCACUCGAAGCUACACGUGUACGAGCCGACCCACCGCGGCGGCCACGUCGGGGGCCCCACCGACGCGUUCGACGAAGACGACGACGAGUACAUGGCGUCGUCCAAGCAGUAGCGAGCUCCCGUUGACGACGAUAAAAUAAAUUACGGUUCCACACACCACUUUGUCGAUCACGCUGCCAUGCUCCGCUUCUGGUGCGUGUCGUGGCGGCGACAAUACCCGCGGCCGCGCAGGCGAAAAUUGCACCCUUUGAAGCGACAACUGUGGACGGCACAGUACCUUGUGACACUGAUGCGUUUGCAGUGCAAUGCGGCGCACAAAUACACUUGGCCGUCGCCAGACAACCCCAACGACUCCAUGCAGUCCGGACAGAACCACGAUCCCUCGUCGGGUGGACCGGACAGUUCGAGACAAGCGGCAUGGUAUUGCUUGCCGCAGCUAUUGUCGCAUGACAUCAAGGCCUCCGCCGUCUCUUCACCGCAAACGGUGCAUCCAGCGAAUGUGGCGGCACGUGCGCGCUUCGUAGGGCGGGUCGACACAGGGACAGGAGACGAUGGUGGCGAUGGACCUUCUAGAAAAUGAGAUGCUAAGCACGAAGGGAUACGAUGCGGUACCUUGAUCGUGGUCGGCUUCUCGCCGCAUCGCAUUGGCGAGAUCACGUGCUUCCGUCGCCAAAAACUCGAACCUUUGAACGUUGUGUUGGUGAAUCCCUCGGCACAACUGAUCAGAAGACUCUUGGAUGGCCAAUUUGCGAAUGUCAGUGGAUUCAUCGCGCACGAGGUUGCACAGUGAUACGGACGACACAAAGUCGAGGCACUGCUCAAUCAAGGCGUGGUGGCUACCAUCACAGCUGCUUGUCGGGUUGGGGGUAGCCAGAGCAUCUUGCAAUUUGACGCGCAAUUCCGCGGCGGCAUUUCGCCAACACGCCAGGUUCAUACGGGCUUCGUGUCGACUCAACUUUUGUGCGGUUUCCCACAACUGUUCCAUGCUUGGCCGGACGAUGGGCAUCAGCUCGUUGGACGCAGUCGACCGAAUCGAGUCCACAAUAUGGCGAAAUGCAGUCAAAGACACACUCAUGUUGUCGACAGCAUCGCUGGGGUCGCUUUGUAUGCUAUUGAGAGUCGGGCCGGCGUAGUCUCCGUUCGCUCCGUUGUCCCGCAGGAGUGCAGUCACGCAUUGGCUCAAGUCAUGCAGCCCCUGCGCCAGGCGCUUGCUCGGAGCACCAUGAAGGCUAUUGAGUUGUACGGAAACCUUGCGCUUCGAUGGUUUUCCAUUUCGUCGAGCCCCGCGUCCUGUUCCAGCUGAAGAACCUCCUGGUGUAACUCGGAUAUCUUGUAUCUCGAUCUCAAUUGGAGGAGAUUCUUCCGAAUCGACAUCCUUGCCAGUGCUGUAGUCAGACACAACGGGUUGAUUGCCAUGAUCGUCGUCGCUACCACCGUCGCUCUCGCUCUCGGAGUGGAAGUCGUCGUCGUAAUACUGGGAGAAGGUCACCAUAUUGUGGUGCGCGUCCACACUCGCAAUGGGGGACUGUUUGAAUCGCUUCAUGCGGUCCGACAUUUCCGCAAGCCUGUCCAAUGCAGACGCGGCCAUGGCAUCUUCGUCGGCGUGCCGUUUCUCGCAGGACAUGACGCGCAUGCUCCGGCCCUUGUGCCCACUCGCAAAAUGACUGCGUU